CAUUAGUGCACAAAUAAUUAAAUACGUUUUAUACUUGUGCAUAACUUUUAUAUUCGAAAUUACUUUUUUGAAAGCUCUGAGCGUCUAAAAAAUAUUCUAUAUUUGUAUUUAACCUACCUUUUAUGCCGGUUUUAUUGUAAAUUACAUCGCAAUUAGCAGAAUUCUUUAUAUGUUGCAUUAAUUUCAUACAGUGUCAUUGACUUAUUUUUACAUUUAUGACUAGUAAAGAAAUAAUACUUGUUAAUGGUGCCAUGGAGAAAAAAGAAAAUGUUGAAAAAAAUGAUGAGGAGGAAAUAGCAAAGAAUGCUGUCUUGGUACCCAGUGCUUCGCUACCAGCUGAUACAGCUACAGUAAAAGGCUAUGAUUUUAAUAAAGGACUCGACUAUCAUGAGUUAUUUAAAACCAUGAUACAUUGCGGAUUCCAAGCUACAAAUUUUGCACUAGCGAUUGAAGAAGUGAAUAGAAUGCUGCAUCGGAGAAGUGUACCUCUUGCGGAGGAUCAGAUCGACCAGAUGGAAGAGGAUGAAUUCAUUAAAAGAAAAUCUCAGUGUACGAUAUUUCUGGGCUAUACGUCAAAUAUGGUAUCUAGUGGCAUUAGAGAAAUUAUAAGAUUUCUCGUGCAACAUAAAUUGGUAGAUUGUCUCGUUACUACAGCAGGUGGAGUGGAAGAGGAUUUUAUAAAAUGUUUAGCGCCCACAUAUAUUGGCAGCUUUUAUUUGGACGAUAGGCAGCUUCGAGAGAAAGGACUUAACAGAACUGGAAAUUUAUUAGUACCAAAUGACAAUUAUUGUCUAUUUGAGGAUUGGGCAAUGCCGAAGUUGGAUGCAAUGCUGGCUGAGCAGAAGGAGAAGGGCACUUCAUGGACGCCAUCCAAGAUGAUAGCAAAACUUGGCGAGGAGAUCAACCAUGAAGAUUCUAUUUAUUACUGGGCUGCGAGAAAUAAAAUUCCAGUGUUUUGUCCGGCUUUAACUGAUGGAAGCCUCGGCGAUAUGAUGUUUUUUCACACGUUAAAAAAUCCAGGACUCGUACUCGAUAUAAUUGCAGAUGUCAAGAGAUUAAACAGAAUAGCUAUGAAAGCGGUGAACAGUGGCAUGAUAAUUGUUGGAGGUGGUGUAAUAAAGCAUCACAUCUGUAAUGCUAAUCUUAUGAGAAACGGUGCGGAUUAUGCCGUUUUCAUCAACACUUCUUCGGAAUUUGACGGUAGCGACAGCGGUGCUCGACCCGAGGAGGCGAUUUCAUGGGGAAAAAUUCGAAAAAAUGCCACUCCGGUCAAGGUGUGUGCUGAUGCUACUUUGGUAUUUCCGCUGUUAGUGGGAGAAACUUUCGGAAGAUAUUAUCAUUGUUCGAAGGACAAUAUCAGUAAAGACAGUGCUGCAUGUAAAUCAACUGCAUAAAACAUAAUAAAGAGAUUUAUAACAAAA